CACAAUUUCUUGAGCUUACGUUGAAUUACGGUAGCGGGAAUCCUUCUAUCCUGCCAAGGGCAAUUUGUGUUAAUUUACAUCUUUAAUCGACCAGUUAAACCAAAUUUUUUGCAGAGCUCUUGUGCCGGAUUUUCAGGGGUACUUGUCGAUCAUUAUUGACCAAGAUGAUUAGAAGCAAGAGCCGCAUCUAUGGCGGCAAAUUAAUCGCCAUGAUUACACUUGUCGAUGCUCUUUCAUCAUGCUGGUUUGGCUAUUGUCAGGGGGUGUUUGCAGGUGUAUUGGUUUCCGAGAACUUCAAACUACAAUUCCCCGAGACUCUCGACGCGAAUGUCUCCGGAAUUACGUCAAGCUGUUUCUUCAUCGGCGCUUUCUUAGGAUCAAUAAUGGCUUUCAUAGUCGGCGAUAAGCUGGGUCGAAGAAAGACUAUUGCUCUAGGAUUACUAUUCAACUUAGUAGGCUCUACACUACAGUUUGCCUCAUGGUAUCUGCCCCAGAUGAUUAUUGGGCGCUUGGUGAAUGGGUUUGGGAUUGGAUUAACCUCUACUACGACACCCGUCUUUCUAUCCGAGUGCGCGAAGCCCCAUCUACGUGGAAAAUUAGUCUCUAUCGGCGCCUCUUCGAACGUCUCGAUGUUCGCGUUAGCGAAUUGGAUCAGCUAUGCACUCUAUUCGCAGGACGGCCCAUUUCAAUGGCGUUUCCCUCUGGCCUUUCAGGUUUCCUUUUUCUUCAUGAUAACCCCUUUCCUACUUUUGGUGCCCGAGUCCCCAAGGUGGCUCUUAUUGGCUGGAAAGGAACUAGAUGCCUUGGAUGUGCUCUCCCGGCUUGCUGGGAAGGACGUUCCCAUUGAUGAUGGGCAAGUAACAUCAGAGUUCCGUUCUAUCAAAGUCGCGAUAGACCUUGAGAGAGAAGACCGUACGCCACUCAUGGACGUCCUCUGCUUUCGGGACAAGACGCAUAACUUCCGCCGUUUGAUAUUAUCCUGUGGCACCCAGUUUAUGCAGCAGUUCACCGGAAUUAACGCUCUCGGAUUCUAUCUACCUACACUACUCACCCAGAACGUCGGUUUUGACCAACAAAUGAGUAGGCUCAUUGCCGCCGUAAACGGUACUAUUUACCUUGUGUCUGCCUUUGGAAGUUUGGUAUUUAUUGACCGCUUCGGUCGGCGAAAGUUGAUGUUAUCUGGAGCUAUGUUGAUGGGUCUUUGCCACCUGAUCGCAUCACUUUGUCUUCGAGAAAGCGAGAUAGACAUUUCGAAAAGGAAAAUUAUGGGCAAUGUGACUACCGCAAUGUUCAUUGUUUAUCACUGCAUAUUCGGCAUCUCUUGGGCUAGCGUCCCAUGGGUUUAUAGCGCCGAAGUGAACUCGCUAGGUUGGCGAACGCGUGGCGCUGCGGCAGCAACAGCAACGAAUUGGUUGGGAGGUUUUGUAGUGACCCAAUUCACCAAAGUCGGUAUCGACAAUUUGAAUUGGGGUUUAUAUCUAAUAUUCGCGGCUAUUUGUUUCUGCUGUUACCCCGUAGUCCUCUUAUUCUAUCCAGAGACAUCGAACCGUACGCUCGAGGAUAUGGAUCACAUGUUUAUUCAGAACCCAUCAAUAUUUGUAUUGGGAAAGCCUGACAUGACGCAUAAGAGCAGACCACUGAGUUGUAUGGACGCAGAAGCAGAGCGUAUUGCUCAAGUUUAACGGGUUAUAGGAGCUGCAAGACUGUCCACUAUUAAUAUACAUCGGAGAUACUGGACUUAACACCUAAUAGAUACUAGUCAAUGCGUAACCGCAUUAUCAAUUAUUUCAUUGGUCG